GCCUCCCUUUCUCCCCUUUCCCUCUGCUCACUCGUUGCAGUGAUGUACCGGCUGCUUGGACUCCACUUCUCCUCCUCCUCCUUCUCCUUCACGUCUCCACAGCGGGUGUCCAGCAGCGAUGACGGGGACUCUGUAGGAGCCUCUGGGGGAACGACAGAGCGGAGGACUGGCUGAGACCCAGGUGGAGAGUCGCUGUGAAAACUGGAUGUCAAGGGGAAGCGCCAAGGUCAUGAUCGACUGGCCCAAUGUGACAGCGGCCGGCCACCAGGAGCUGGGCCUGAAACCUGAGGAGCUGCAGAGGUCCAAAUGUGUCCUGGGCUUCAUUCCCGUCAUCUACUACAGUAUUCUGCUCUGUGUGGGAGUACCAGUUAACAUCCUCACAGCAGUGGCCUUGUCCAGAUUGGCGUCCCGCACUAAGAGAGCUCUGUACUACUACCUUUUGGCCGUGACGGGCUCAGAUAUUCUCUCCCAGCUCUUCAUCAUCUUUGUCGGCUUCCUGCUGGAGACGGCGGUUUUUCACCGUGAUGUCCCCGUGCUCCUGCUGCACUUUGUCAGUGCUGCCGAGUUUGCCGCCAACCACGCCUCCAUCUGGUCCACCGUACCCCUCACCGUGGACCGCUACGUGGCGCUGUGCCACCCCCUCCUCCACCGGCAGAUCAGCUACCCAGCCCGAGCCAGGAAGAUCAUCGCCACCGUCCUCAUGUUAUCGCUUGUAUCAGGCGUGCCCUUCUUCUGGUGGUCGGACAUGUGGCGGAACAGCCACCCGCCCACAGCGCUGGACACCGUCCUCAUUUGGACGCAUGUGACUAUAAUCUACUUCCUCCCCUGCAGCAUCUUCUUAGUGCUGAACACUUUGAUAAUCCACACGCUGAGGGUGAGGCAGAGGCAGCAGCGUUGCAAGGAAGAACGCGGGCCGAAGUCGGCACCUCCACGGCGACUUGGGAAAACCACCGCCAUGCUGCUGGCCAUCACCUCUGUAUUCUCUGUGCUGUGGGCUCCCAGGACCAUCGUGGUCAUCUACCACCUGUAUGUGUCCUCAGUUCACCGGGACUGGCGCGUCCACCUGGCCUACGAUCUGUCCAACAUGCUGGCCAUGCUCAACACAGCUGUGAACUUCUUCCUCUACUGCUUCGUCAGUAAGCCGUUCCGCAGCGCCGUGCGGGAUGUUGUGCUGCUCAGAGGUGGCCCCCUGUAUCCUCGCCGUGCUCUACCACAACAGCAGGCCCCCACCAACGCCUCCAUCUCUUCCCUGUACAGUGGGAACAACAAGCGCUCACAGCGGGACUCCACCCCCUUGUCACCUCGCAGGGCCAGAAAGCCUUCGUGACCCCGUGCCCCCUCCUCUUAAUCCAAAACACCCAUCAUCCCACGGUCCCUGAGCACUUCUGACCUCAGAGACGCACUGUGUUCCAGCUACGUUCGUGGACAGCAGCCAGUCAGCCCUGGAGCUUUCUCAAAGGGCCUAAAAUGAACUCAACCGAGUCACAAGAAGCAGUUUUUUGUAUUAUUACAUGUCACCGGGUGUUGUUUGUCCGAGUAAAUCAGAUAAGAUGACAGCAUAUUUAUUAUUCUUGAGAGGAAUUUGACAAAUUUAAAGUCGGUUUUUAGCAUUUUUUCUUUUCCAUACAAGGUAGUAAUAUGACAGAAUUCUUUUUUUUUUACAUUGUUCAAGGGAAACAAGAGAAGAAUAAUAGUAUGUUUUUGUCUUCAGUCCAGUAGUUAGAUCUGUGGUUAGUACACAGGAGAGGAAAAAAAUGAGGAAAUUAGUUAAACUCAUUUUUUGCAUGCUGCUAAAUGUGAUUCAUUCAUCCUCACAAUCCCACUUUCGUCAUGUUAAGCAGAAGUCAGUUUGCUUCAAUCAGUUUAAAUCACUCUGCUAUGAUACUCUGGAAGCACCACAGAGGGAGUUUUAAUUUGAACUGUCUGCUAUCUCCUGCAGUUGUGUAAAGAUGCUGAAUGCCCUAAAGACAAUCCGCCCCACUGAGCGCAGCCACUCGAGCAAAGAAAUCGCACUCUGUCUCUGCAGUGCGCUCCCAGGCACAAAAACCACAGCUGCUAAGGCGAGUGUUUAUUUUUCAUGAAAUGCAACUCGAUGGAGCCUUAAAUGAAAGCUUGCUGUUUAAGCGGCAGGAGUGAAGACCCUGCUCUUCAAACAGCCACUCUGCUACAUCACCAACAUGGCCUCAGCCUUGGCUAAACAAACCACGGAUUAGCCUGAUGGUCUGCACAGACACGCACAGAAACACACAAGAAGGUACACACUCUUAUGCAUGCACGAACACGCGCACACAUACACUCAUCACCUAGUACAUUUCCAUUCGCCGCAACAAGACUUUUCAUGUGACAUCAUUGUAAUUUGAUGAAAAAUUAACUGUAUCAGUUGUUGUGUAAGUGUUACUUGUAGUGAAAAAUAAGACAUCUGAGCUUAAACCUCUAACUGCUAAUUUGCAUAUAUGAUUUUAUUUAACAAGAUCUGAACGAGCCAUCUGUUGUUGAUGUGUAUGUACAGUAAUUUUUUGUAGAGCCCCUAUGCUGUCAAUUAGAUAUUUCAUGUUACACUAAUGUGUUGUGUUAGGCAGCUUUCUAAUGUUGAAGUAGAUAUUGAGAAAUGAGCUGUUUCUGUAGUCUGAUAAAUGACUUGAUAUUAAUUCUUGAUUUUUAAAGCUGCAGCCAUCUGAGCACGAUUACAACAAAGCAAAAAGAAUAAAAACAGCAACAAGAAAAACAAACAAAUAAACCAACAACAAAGAAAUCCAAACAAAUCAAACCCAAAAGCAAAAAAAACACAAGAGAUAGUGAACAUCAUUAAAACCAAGUCAGCAAUUAGUCCAGACUUUAAGGGCUUUGUUGGUAAAACAAUUUUUCUUCUGUUUUUAUGCCAAGCUUCAAGCUUCAAUUACCUAAAUAUAGCUAAUUCAAACAUUUGCUGCAUUUUGGAUCGUAAAUCAUAUACUAUCAGUUAUGAUUAUACUGGUUUUAAUUGAGCAUUUUCAUAUAUUGUAUAAAAGGCUGCUAAAUAGAAUUGUAUAUGUCAGCCUGGUCUUUACCUAAACAUUUGAUUCCCUCAAACAUUGAGGUAUUGGUCAUGUCUAAGAGUUACAUCUUAACAGAUGACGUUACUUUACUUUUCCACACAGUUGUUUUCAUAGUAAUGAGACUGUAAUUGUUAACAAAGAUUUGUUGGAAUUGUAAGAGUUUGGGCGUGUUAGUUUAUUUAGAAACAGCUCCAAGGACUAAUAACAGUGUUCACAUUUUCAGUCUUCGAGAGUAGUUCUUUGUAAGGCAGAUGCCAUUGAGCAUGUGCGGGAAUUCGAUUCUGUUCACAGAGCUUCGCUAGC